AUGACUUCCUAUAUAUUACAGAUUGGUGAAGAACAAGCAGAUUCAGAGGUGAUUGUUGAUGAAAAGUGUAUGCAAUUCACAGAUAAAAAGGAAAAAGUAUGUGUUGAGUUUGCUGACCUGAUAGCUGUGCCGGACCCGAGUUCUGAUGACCAGGGACUGGCUGUUACUAUAUACUAUAUAAAACAUACAGUAUUCCUGCUGUCGAAGGAGACUGUCCGAAUCCAUGGUCAAGCUACAAUUGUCAGACAGUUCUUUCAAGAUGUGAAAGAGAAAUUUAUGCAGGUACCGUCUUCACAACCCAGACGUUUCCUUGUGUUUAUCAACCCUAUCGGUGGAAAAGGAACGGCAGUGAAAACGUUUGAGGACACAGUUAAACCCCUGUUUGAUCUGGCAGGCAUCACAUACCAGGUUAUUGUGUCAGAACGACCGAACAUGUGUACUGAAGUGAUGGAAUCUCAGGACCUAUCUCAUGUUGACGGUAUUGUGGUGUGUGGAGGAGAUGGCACUCUAUCUGAAAUAGUUAAUGUUCUGCUAAGGAGAACUAUGGUAGCAGCAGAUCUGGAUUUCAAUGACUCCAAAACCAAAGUUCCAACAACAGUAAUCCCUGUAGGACAUAUUCCCACUGGUACAGCAAACGUGAUGACUUAUUGCUGUUGUGGCACUCUGGACACCGUCACGGCAACUUUGUGUAUAAUAAAAGGUGAUACACGUCCUAUGGGAGUGAGUGGGGUGUACAGUGGCGGGAAGCUUGUUCGGUACAGUCUUGUGGGCGUCAGCAUUGGGCUUAUAGCUGAUAUGAUGAACACAAGAGACCAGCUGAGGUGGAUGGGCAUGUUCAGAUUGCUGUGGGUUCCCUUCGUGAUGCUUUUCAGUAGUUUUCGGACAUUUACCUCUGAAAUAACUGUCGACAUAAGAAAGAAAACCACCGUGACAGAAGGUGACAAGAAGGAGAUUACGUAUACAGAAAAGGAAGAAAAAUUUGAACGAGAAAUUUUCAACACAAUGCUUCUGUGCUGGAAUAUUAAGGACGUCAAUGGUAAAUCCCAUAUAUGGCCGAACAGAGGACCCUUCCAGACCUUCAUCUUCUACAAAAGUUCAUGCUCCAAGUUUCAGUUAGUGCGGCAUUUUAUGAAACUAUUCAGUGCCAAAAAGGAAGCGCUAGAUCAGGAUUUCCUGGAGUGCUAUCAGGCGGCUGGUUAUACAAUCAAAGUGAAGGAGGACAGCCCGCUUGAUGCAAAUCUCAACAUUAAUAUAGACGGGGAUCAGUUUCGAUUGCCAGAGCCAUUUCAUGAAAACAGGUUCCACGAUGGUGCUGUUCGGAUGUUUUCCAGUCUCACCGACACUGACGACAAUACUUCAGUUCCAUAAUUCAGUGCGAGUCAAAAUUUUUAAAAAGUUGACUUGGACCAGAGUGACCAGAAUGAAUAGUUAUUGCCCUUGUCAGGCUGUUGUGUUGAGAAACCAGAAUGAAUAGUUAUUGCCCUUGUCAGGCUGUUGUGUUGAGAGGCCAGAAUGAAUAGUUAUUUUCCUUGCCAUGCUGUUCUGUUAAGACACUAGAAUGAAUAAUUGUUAACCUUGCGAGACUGUUGUGUUUUCUGACCUUGUGCAAGCGAUGUUAAAUACUACUUAAUGAGAAGUUCAAACUAGUAUCAGUUAUGAUUGUCGCCGAUAUGAACACACCAUGUCUAUAGUCAGUAGUACUAGUAUUAGCUAGAUAUCGCUUUUGAAAUAUCUUCAAUGUAUUAGAAAUCAAUGUCCACCUUUUAGGAAAUAGUUUCACCUUGUCCACAUUUAUUUCCAGAGGCGAAAGACCGUUAAAGAAUUGUGUCUACGAGGAUCAAAUGCCUAGCACAUAUUAAGUAUUCUACAUCAUUGUUACAAUGUAAUGAUAUUGAAAAUCGAAAGGAAACUUGAAAUAAACGUCUGAUUGACUGAUUUCGGAAAUAAAAAUAUUACAUUAAGAUUUUAUGUUCAAAUCAUGAUAAAUGGAAACACAGACAUUUUCAAGUCAGUGGGUUAUUGGGAUGGUAAUUAAUGUCUGUCCAAGGAGAAGAUGUGUUUUUUCAAAAGCUUUUGAAAUAUUCAAAAGAAAGAUAACUUAUUGAUUUAUGUAACAGAUACUACACAGUUUCCCACCAAUGAUUGCGGUAUAUUUCAUACCCUUUGACAAAAACAUGGAAAACCUAUCGAUACCCUAAUCAACUCUGAUCACGUGUUUUAUUUAUAUGAAAGACAUGUGAAUUCGUUGUGAAGUGUUGAUUGGCUUUUUCUACCUCAAAAUAUAUCCGAAUCAGAUUUUUAAAUAUGUUGUUUUAAUGUUGAUUUGAAUGUUUUAGAUUAAAUCAGCUGCCAAAACGUUGCCAGUGAUCUAAUAAUUAUUUUGGUGCUAAAGUUACAUUCUAUUUCUAUCUGGUAAGGUAACUCUAGGUCUGUUUAGGUUUUUGGUUUUUGUUAACUGAAACUGCUGGUCCGUCUGUCUUUAUCUGUUUUAUUUUGGCUUUUUCGCAGUGUCAUCAGUAAAAAUAAUUCGAUAUUUUAUUUUCACGUAUUUUUUAUCCCGAAAUUUUUAUCAAAGGUACUGAUAAGUGGAACAUUCCCUGAAUCCCCUCAGCUAUUGUAUCGACUCUACCGCUCACCAGUAAAAGUUUGUUACCACAUUUUGGUACCAAACAAUCCGAUGAAAAUACAUAUCUUAAUUUACCACUACACUUAAUGAAUGGAAAUAUUUAAAGUAAAUUAAGAUCUGUAUUUUUGUCAAACAAUUUUAGUACCAAAUUAGUAAUAAUCGAACAUGAAUUCAAUGUGUCAAAGAUCAGCUGACCUAAGCCCCAUUUAAUGUCACUUUUUCGAGGAAGUUUUGUAUUACCUAUACCGUAAACUUUAUUUGAUAUUACACGUAUCCGCACAAAACAAGCACUACGCAAGCAACAGCCAUUUGUUUUCAACGUAACUUUAUUUGUUACUCCUGAUGUUGUUUA